UCUGUUAGAUAUCUACGCUUCCCACACACAAACUAAGAUACACCAUGCAUCCUGAGAUCGAGAGAGUGUCCACCCCUAUGGUAGCUAGAAAGCGACAGUCCAACAAACCAUUGACGGAGAGAAAACGUCGUGAGAAAAUUAACAACUUCCUGAGCCAACUCAAGUCCCUCAUCCUUCAGAAAACUGACCGACAGGAGAAUGAGCACUGUCGGCUUGAGAAGGCGGACAUCCUGGAGAUGACAGUACAGUACCUACAGAAUGGCACCAGCUCAGUGCAUUCCAAGACAACAGAUUACACUUCAGGAUUUAUUCGGUGUCAGGAAGAGGUGUUCCGACUUCUCAACCAGGAUGUUUCUGUUAGCAACGACGUCAAGAUGAGAUUGUUCUGUCAUCUGUCCGGACAGCAGACAGGGACGUCUCAUCAGACCCAGGCCUACAGUGUCGACCAGUCCCCUGCCGGUCUCGCCAACAACUACACCUGUCCUGUUGUAUCCGGCCACACCACACCCAGUCAUUCCAUGUAUGCCAGUGACCUUCACAGGCCUGUCCAAGUUCAGCAAUGGUCACCUGACCCAAUGGCCGGAGCAGCUAUGUCCAGUCCUUCACUUGACCAGUCUUUGAUGGACACUUCAUCGUCCCUCCCUCUGUGCACUCCGAAUGGAUUCAACAUGUCCAACAUGGAAUGGUUCCGAGGAUAUUCAGAAUGGUGUCACUCCAGUCCUGAUGUGAGUUCCGUUAGUCCUGAUGUGAGUUCCGCCGGAAUGUCCGAGAUUUCCAGGGUAGCCUCUCACGACAGCGCGUCCACGAUCAGUGACAGCUCCAGUUCCUCCGUGUGGAGACCGUGGUGAUCAUCGCUAUGGUUACCAAAGACUUCAUUAAAGUGAUAAUUUCCAUGAACUCCAGAUAGUGUUACCAUGGUUACCAUAUUUGUAUGACUAAACAUUAUAUUGUUAGAUUCAUUGUGCUUUGUUAAGUUGGUGCCUAACUUUUGGAAGUGGAUUAUCUCCCUUAGACUGUGCUUCUGUGUCUCUUCAUACAAAUGGAUAUUUACAUCCAUGAAGGUUCAAGUUCUUCAAAACAAACAUUCCAGAUAAAAACAAAAUAGUUUACAGCUUUCCUGUGUAUUGUCAACACUGACGAAUAUAGAAUUGCUUACUGAAAAGAUAUGGUUGUAUGAUAAAUCUCUUUACAUAAUUUACACUUUAACCAUUUUUUUCAUUUGAAUCACGUUUUUCAUUUGAAUCACGUUUUGAAUAGCUAUUCAAAGAUGCAUGUAUGUAUAUUGUAUUUAUAUGUUUCAUCAUGUUGAUAAUUGUGAAGCAGUUCAGACAUUCGUUUUAUGUUUAAAAUAUUGAUUCAAAUUUGACCCUUAUGCAUCAUGCUAGUCAAUCAUGCUGUGAUUUAAAAUGAAAAGACUUUUUGAAGACACAUGAUUUUCAAAUUCAACCUAGAUCACUGAAAUUCCAUCAAGAAGUAAAACUGAAACAUUUUAUUAUAAUGUAAUUAAUUUAAACAUUAGAUAAUUUAUUUUUCCUUGUUAUAAGUUUUGUACAUAUUUAUAAAAUGAUUCAAUGGUUUUCUGUGCAUUGACAAAUGCACAUGUAAUGUGCUUUUUAGAACUUCCAAGUCAUGGUGAAUGAUUCAUGAUAUUGAGAGCACUUAUGAUAAGUUAUUUAUGUGCAUUUUGGCUCUAGAGUUAAUGUUCAGACAAAAGUGGUUUUCUAUUGCUAGUCAUUGGUCAAUACUACCGUGGUAGUCCUAUAAUCAAUUGCAAUAUUUUUUUUGUUUUUAAUUUAAUGCGGAGAAAUUUCACUGUGUUGUAAAAUUAAAAAACCCGACCUAUAGUUCAUGAUAGCCUUCCUGACCUAUGCUGUAUCUGACACAUUUUUCCAUAUUUUUAUGUUAAAUUAAAAAUGAUAUAUUCAUAUUAUUGAAAACUACAUCAAAAUAAUAUUGUUAGAC